GCCGCCACCGAAGCGGAUGAAAACAAACAGUAACGAUGGCGGCGCCGGGAAGCGACCGGCUGCUGGGCUGAAGGCAGGAGUGAUCACUUGAGCUGUGAGGGAAGCCCUGAAGAGCGUCUGUAGACGUGAGUGCGACAACUCGCGCAGUCUUGGGAACGAAACUCCCGGGGCCUGCGAGCCACGAGGCUCCUGAGACGAGAGGUAUUAUCUGCGACCCGUGCUGUCAGUGCAGCUCCGGAGCGCGGAGCUCUCAGCCAGGAGGCGCAGCUGGCCGGCCCCAGGCCCCGGCCUCCGUAAUGAGAGCCCCGAGCCACUCUCUGUGUCGCAGCUUCACAGGUGAGGGUGACUGUUGACUAGUGAAAAAAGGGACCCAAGGUUCACGACUCUCUUACUGGCAGUGGAAUGACCUGUGGAAACCUGCGAUCCAUUCUCAUUAAGUAAAUCUCUGGAUUGCUAUAGGCAAUGGAAACUGAUCUCAAUUCCCAGGACAGAAAGGACCUGGACAAGUUCAUUAAGUUUUUUGCCCUCAAGACUGUCCAAGUGAUUGUCCAGGCUCGACUGGGUGAGAAGAUUUGUACUCGUUCAUCUUCUUCCCCAACGGGUUCAGACUGGUUCAAUUUAGCAAUCAAAGACAUCCCAGAGGUUACACAUGAAGCAAAGAAGGCGCUGGCAGGGCAGCUGCCUGCCGUCGGGAGGUCUAUGUGUGUGGAGAUCUCACUCAAGACUUCUGAGGGAGAUUCCAUGGAGCUAGAAAUCUGGUGUCUGGAAAUGAAUGAAAAGUGUGAUAAAGAAAUCAAAGUUUCCUAUGCCGUGUACAACAGACUGUCGUUGCUACUGAAGUCUCUCCUUGCUAUAACUAGGGUGACACCAGCUUACAGACUCUCCAGGAAACAAGGGCAUGAAUAUGUCAUAUUGUACAGAAUAUAUUUUGGGGAAGUUCAGCUGAAUGGCUUAGGAGAAGGUUUCCAGACAGUUCGUGUUGGGACAGUGGGUACCCCUGUGGGCACCAUCACUCUUUCUUGUGCUUACAGAAUUAACUUGGCAUUCAUGUCCACCAGGCACUUUGAGAGGACCCCACCUAUCAUGGGGAUUAUUAUUGAUCACUUUGUGGACCGUCCCUAUCCCAGCUCCUCGCCCAUGCAUCCCUGCAAUUACAGAACCGCUGGUGAGGACACUGGAGUAACAUAUCCUUCUGUGGAAGAUUCUCAAGAAGUGUGUACCACCUCUUUUUCCACCUCCCCUCCAUCCCAGCUCUCAAGCUCUCGCCUUUCCUGUCAGCCUGCUGCCCUGGGCGUUGGAUCAGCUGACCUGGCUUGUCCAGCAGUGUUUGCUGCCGGCUUAAACACCACACACCCUUACCAGCUAAUGGUUCCUGGGAAGGAAGGUGGGGUACCCCUUGCUCCCAACCAGCCUGCCCACGGUGCCCAGGCUGGUGACCAGGAGAGACUGGCAACCUACACCCCUUCCGAUGGGGCCCACUGCGCUGCCACACCUUCCAGCAGUGAGGAUACUGAAACUGUGUCAAACAGCAGUGAGGGACGGGCCUCCCCCCAUGAUGUCUUGGAGACCAUCUUUGUCCGGAAAGUGGGGGCUUUUGUCAACAAACCCAUCAACCAGGUGACCCUGACCAGUUUGGACAUACCCUUUGCCAUGUUUGCUCCCAAGAAUUUGGAGCUGGAGGAUGUGGAUCCCAUGGUGAAUCCUCCAGAUUCCCCAGAGACUACAUCUCCUCUUCAGGGCAGCCUGCACUCUGAUGGCUCCAGCGGGGGCAGCAGUGGCAAUACCCAGGACGACUUUGUCAUGAUCGACUUCAAACCAGCUUUUUCUAAAGACGACAUUCUUCCGAUGGACUUGGGGACCUUCUAUCGUGAAUUUCAGAACCCCCCUCAGCUGAGCAGCCUCUCCAUAGAUAUCGGGGCACAGUCCAUGGCUGAGGACUUGGACUCACUACCAGAGAAGCUGGCUGUGCACGAGAAGAAUGUCCGAGAAUUUGAUGCCUUUGUAGAAACCCUGCAGUAAAAGUUGGUGUCCUCGAGUACCAGCAGCAUCCCCUUUUUGUGGUCCCAGGAGACAGAGAGCCUCCCACUCGUCAGCUGCUCCCAUCCCUUGUCCUGCUUCAAGCCAGGUGGAGGGGAGGCUGGUUCCCCCACGGGGACCCGGAAGUCCCUGCUCUUGCACUCCUGGAGACUCACGGUAGCAAUGAAGGCCAGUGAUAGCAUUUGAGAGGACUCACCCUCUGACCUCCCUCUGCAGGGCCCUCUGCUUAUACCGCCCUCAGCAGCUGCUUCACAAAGGCUGUCAUCCCGCUCCUCCUGCCGGCCCCCUGCCCCGGGUUUGCCCAGCAGCUGGCCCCUCGCCUGCCUGCCGUUGCCAUCCACCAUUCGACAUUCCAGCUGGUAGCCCAGAGACUGGUGUGGAGGCAGAAAGAGGAAGGAGACAGUGCUAGGAGGAGGAAGGAAGGAAGCUCUCCUUCAGGGUCUUUCUCCUUUAGUUCUGGUAUCUUCUUCCUCUCUCUCUCUCCCUCUCUCUGCCCCGUGCCUGUAUUUUUGGCAGUAUGGCAGGCUUCCUGCCCAAGGUGAUGAGAACCCUAGAGUCAGCCAUUCCCACCCUUGAAGGCUGUGCCAGCCCAUCCGAGCAGCCCUGGUGGCUGCCUGUGCUCAGCUACAUGGAAACAGAAGCCUCCCUCUAUAGGAUUCUGUCAUUGGAGUCACAGCAAAGGUUCUUCUCUUUCCUCUCCCUUCCCCUGUCAUUGCUCCUUGGUUAUAGAACCCAGUAACUAUUUAUUACUUUCAGAGAAAUCAGAUAUUUUUUAGAGAAAACAUGUUUGAGGUUAGACGUUUUCACUUGGGGAAGGUUGGAGGGCCUCUUCCUGGGGCAGCGCCUCCUCCUGUAGCGGUUCCUCGGAUUCAGGUUGCUGCCCUGAGGAUUUCCCUUCCCAUGUGUAUAAGGUGGGAUCCAAGAAUAGGGCUGGCUGAGGGCAGCAGAACCUCCCAGAAUUGCUGCAUUUGAACUGACAUCACGCUCUGCCUUGGACAUGUACAUAUUCCUGGUGAGAACUUUGAAUCUCCCAGCUUCUCCAGAGAGACUGACUCUGUUCUGGCAGCCCAGGAAGUCUUGGGUGCGAAAUGUGAUGACUCCCCAGGGUUGUGGCACAUGUAGUGCCCGAGGGGCGCUGUGGCCCCGGGGAAGGCCAGACAAGCCCCUCCUCCUGGGGCAUUGUUCCUGGUUCUCAGGGCUGGGUUAUGGGCCUUUUCCUUCUUCCACCUAGGCCUAGCCAUCACCUUUCUUUAACCCCAGGGUCUGUACACUGCCCUGAGGUUUAUUAGUUGGAUUGGUUCCUUGUUGAGAAACCAAAGCUGGGCAUUCAGGUAGUGUUACUUGAGUUAAGUCAAGGGCCCAGCCUCACCCACUGACCAUGUGUUCCUCCCCGCCUAACUGAUAGGCCCAACCCCACUCCUCUGGCCCACCUGGGGUAUUCAUUGGCAGCAGCUGUUCUGCAGCAGAGCAGGUGGCCCUCAAUUGCUUGUUAGCAAGUGCACGUGGCAUUGUUUUCACCUACCAGGCUGAUCUCUGAGGGCUGGGGUCAGCUCUGAUGCUGCCUCAGUUGGGCUGAGCCCUGCCCCUGUGCACACAUUCUCCUGCCUAAAAAAGUGUUUCCAGUAGUGGCGUCCAGCUGGCCGUCCUGUCACUGGGCCAGAGCACACCUGUGGCCUGCUAAACCAAUCCAGGCUUACCCCCCAGGCCCCAGCACUGAGACGGGCGAAGGCCCCGGUAAGUUACUGAUUGCCCCCCACUCCCCCACCUCAUCCCAGUAUCUCAGCUGCUGCCCUCUUCCAAGGCCAAGCAUGGAAAGGCCUGUUAGCCAUUUGCCUCUUUGACUCCUAAUUGUUGGCCUCUGCAGGCAGCAGCCUUUCUUCAGGACCCCAUCAGUGAGAGGCCAGGGAGGCUGAGC